AUGGAGGCAGGAGGACGUGGGGAGUUUCGGGUAGCGGAGAGAUCUCUGUUCUACCUCUGCUCGUGCUGGGUAAGCUGCUGUCUGCAGUGUGACCAAGUGGUUCGUUAUGUGCAUGAAGACUUCCUGUCCUCAGUUAAAGGAAUCACUGUCCGUGAUCAAAUCGAACUGAAACAAAUCAUUGAGCAUGCUUACGUCAACUUUCGGGACACCAGCAGACUGUCUCGUGGUGUCAUAGAUCCCACAACACUCUAUCGUGCACGGACAGAAUAUCAGAGUGAAUUCAAGAGGCAUUGGAAAGAAGACAGGACAGGGUCUAUCCAGUGGGAUAUGAUUAAUAUAUUGGAGAAAGGAAAGAGAAUCCUUCAGAAACAUUUGGAGAUUUUUGUUGCCCAAGGUCUGUGUCCAAAUAAAUGUGGGCUGUUGUAUCAGAGGGUGAUGAACUGCACUUCCUGUCAGUAUGGGCUCUUUACGUGCAUGUCAGCCACACCGCCACUAGACUGUGGAGAGCGUCAUGUUGAGGCAGAUGAAGGAGAGGAGGUGGUGCUGGACUGUUUCCUGCCCUGGCACGCUCUUGUAGUUGGACAGACCGAGUACCAUUACUCCUGGCAUCCUAGAGAAAAGAAUCUGUCACUUGCCGGAGAGUAUGAAGAGCUGGUGGUGACAGAGGAGUCUAAAAUUGUCCUCAAUCAGCUGAAAGUCAACGAGGAAGGCACGUACCGCUGCCUCCUACAGGAUCAAAUUGGUACUGCGCUGUCUCGCAUGUAUUUCAAACUGAAAGUCAAACCACUGCCGUCUACAACCCCUAGACUGAUUGUGACUCUGCCGUCCCUGCCCUCGGGUUAUGAUUCCGCACCUAACAGCCUUCAGAGGAGCAGUUUCAUCAUUAUACUGGUUUUACUCACUGUACUCAGCAUCACAGGCAGCCUUGUCCUUAUAGUGAACCUCAGAGUGACCAUGAAGCGGCAGGAGGAGGAGAGAGACAACAGGAGAGGAGGAGAGGGGGAAGAUGAGGAGCACAUUGAGUUGAUGAGUGUGACAGAAUGAGGGAUGUGAUCCAAAGAGACACAUGAAUAAAUGACUGCAGACACCCAAAAGACUGAUGUGUCAGUCUUAGUGUGAACAUCAAA